GCGUCGAACCACGAGGAGGAGGAGGCCGAGGAGAAGGAGAACACGCAGAAAGAGCUGAAGAGCACGAUGACUUUGCUCUACGACGCCCUGGACUCCGACAGGACCGGGGUCGUCGACAAGGGCGACCUGGACCUGUCCAAGGAUAACGUCAGGGACCUCAUCGAGAAGUGCGGCAUCGCGCCGCAGGAGGCGAGCGAGGUCUGUGACGCCGUCGCCGACGAGAAGGGCAGCAUUCCCAAGGACAAGUUCGUCAGCGGCAUGAUGCGCCUGAGGUCCGAUAUCGAGGGUAAAGAUAUGCUCAAGAUCGAGUGCGAGAUCGAGGCGUGCUCGAACAGGCUUCAGGAGGCGAUCAAGGACCAGGAGAGUCUGCUCAAGAUCCUCGAGGGUGUCGCCGCGAAGAGGGAGACGUAGACGGCGCCAUGAAGAGAAAGAGUCCUUAGGGAGAGGGGUCCCGAUUUUCUGAUUUAUUUCGCUGUUUAGGCCUCCGGGGCCUUCCCAGGACCUGAGACUUCAAAACGGCUCGUGACGAAAAGUGUUCCUGCGGAAGUCCAACGAGGCAGGACCCGUCUCCUGCAGGCCCCUUCUGUCAUUCCAAGCAGACGACCGUUGCCAGCGUCAGUAUCUGUCAUUGAGCCUCCUGUCGCCUAGGACACCAGCGGGUUGCGCACUGGUGCCCUCCAUCUGCACCUGCUGGCAGACUCCUUGCAGCAUGGUCCGCUUGUAGCUCCGCGCAGAGAUGCCAUCCUCAAGAGGGGGAAGGCCAAGAUUUCAAGAAGCAAGGUUCACGCCUCGUGAAUCUUGCGGUACCUGUAGCUGGUGGGCGGAUUUUCUCGCAGUGCGUCUUUGAGCAUGUUGUGCCACUGCCUGUUUGGGUAUGUCGCGGCACGUUGAUCCAAACAUGUUUUGUGUCGGCGCUAAGCUUUUAUUCUGAUGUUGGGCGGGGGACCCGAUUGCACGCGACCCGUGCAUGACCUCAUGUGGUUGCGCGAUUGACACACUCUGCUGCCCACGACAGGACCAAGCAGGGAGUCGAUGCCGUGGCUGAUGGUUCCGCUGCGCAAAAAAUUGCCGGUCUGCUCGAAUCGGGCAAAUGCAAGAGGCAAAGUUGCUGUGGCGAUCCAAGUUUGAUCGAAUAAAUUG